AGGUCGACCGAUAAAACAUGAUGAUUGUUCGAUUAACGAUUCAUUUAGCGUUUAGACGAUUGCCGAUUAUAUUGCGUUGUGUUUUUCUUCUCGAAAAUGAAAAUUUAGUGAAAAGGAAGUCAAUAAUUGGAAAAUAAUUGAAAAACUGAAUGUAAGCAGUGCGAGUCGCAUAACAACGACUUAAAUAUCGUGGAAAUCACAGUCCACAGCUGGGUAAUUCGUGUAUCAAACUGAAUACAAGCGGGCUGAGGCAGCAGGAGCAGCGGCACCACCCACACAGACAGCAACAGUCCUUUGUGCACAUGGGUGGAAACAGCGCAGCUGCCAAUUCGAGCGCUUUUAGCGCUGGCGGCUACAUUGGACCGACAACAAGUUUGGGUGCCGCCGGUGGCAGUGAUUUAAUUCCAGCGCCAAUUGGAACUGGCAAUGCGAUGGGCAGCACAUCCUACACGUAUGGCGGCACCAGUUGGGAGGAGUUCUGCGAUAGACAUGCGCGCGUGGCCGCCAGUGAUUUCGCCAAGGCGUGCAUUAAUUACAUUAAUGGUAACCUGCCACCGGAGGAGGCACGCAACAUACCACACCGCAGUUUUGCAUUAAAAUUUGUCGAAUAUUUCGCGGAUCACUACGACAAGGAGUUCUUUAGGCGUCGCAGCAAUCUAAAGACAGGCAUUGGCUCGUUCUUUGGAGAGGGAAGCGGCGGCGGUGGUGGUGGUGAUUUUGACACAGAGGAGCACGAGGUAUCACGUCUGUUUCCCAAGUCGCUGCUGCGUCGUCUCUCCUUCAAGGGAUUGCGCAAGGGCAAGAAACUCCUCUUUUUGCAGGCAUUCUUUCACAAGAACUCGGACGAUGUCGAUGGCUUAGGCAGCAGUAAGCAGAGCGGCAAAACAAAGCUGGCCAAGAUCGUAGUCGAAUGCCGCAAGGAGGGCAUUGUUAACAACUUGACAGCCGAGAGUUUGGAUCAGACAACGGGCACACAGAAAUGGGAGAAAUGCCGCCUGGCUCUGGUCAAGGCUGUGGGCGGAUACAUGCUUGAGUUUUAUACACCGCCCAAAUCGACAAAACCACGCAGCGGUGUCUUCUGUUUCCUCAUCUCCGAGGCACGCGAAACCACCACACUGGAGAUGCCCGAUCGUUUGAACACAUUUGUACUGAAGGCGGACAACAACAUGGAGUAUGUGAUUGAGGCUGAAAGUGCCGAGGAUAUGCGCAGCUGGUUGGCCACCAUACGCUACUGCAUGAGGACGCCGCCAACGCAGCAGCCGAUGCUCGAUUCGGAUAUGAUUGCUGCGGCCAUGCAAACAUCACCGGUUACUACCAAUCCGAAUCCGACUGCCACUGGCAGUGCAUUGGGCGGCAUACAGAAUCCUCAAUAUCAACAGCAGGGAGGUCUUGGACUUGGCGGCUCCAAUGGCAAUCUGGUUAACUCGCAGUCCGCAGACAGCGGCUUGUUGGCAGCCUCAGCGAGCAACAGCAAUGCGAAUGCCGCAUCCUCGUCAAAUGAUGUGAAUGCCAUUUCGAAUCCUCAGGCUAGCAGCGAGCUGAGUAGCACGCCACCAGAGAUACCAUCACGUCCGACCCGAGGUGAGCGCGGGGAACAACGCUUGUCGGCUUCCAGCAACUUUGAUGGCACUGAGCUGGUCGAAACGGAUUCCGAUGUGAAUGUGGCUGAUCUGACGGCCGAGAUGCGCCAGUUUCCAUGGUUCCAUGGCACCUUGCCGCGAGCUGAGGCAGCUCGCAUGGUGCUGCAGUCGGAGGCAGCUGGUCAUGGUUACUUUUUGGUUCGCCAAAGCGAGACACGACGUGGCGAAUUUGUGCUCACAUUCAAUUUUCAAGGACGCGCAAAGCAUCUGCGCCUAAUCAUCUCCGAGAAGGGACAAUGUCGGGUGCAGCACCUAUGGUUCCCCACCAUACAGGAGAUGCUUGAACAUUUUCGCCGCAAUCCCAUACCGCUCGAGUCAGGUGGCACCUCAGAUGUGACGCUAACUGAUUGGGUGCAUCAUACCAGCAGACUGAACGAUUCGUCCGCCAUAGCAACUGUUGCCACAACGGCCCAUGAGCCGGGUGCCGAUGCAUCUGCCGGAGCUGGCAAUGUUGCCGGCGGAUCCGGCAAUGCGAAUGGGAAUAGCAAUGGACAUCCAUCGCCGAGACAUUGCAACGAAGUGAUUACCAUGAAUCUAAGUGUUCGCCUAAAGACAAACGAAAUCGAACUGCCACAAGAGCCGACACACGUCUAUUUUCCGGAGCAAGUCUACUUUCAUUUGGAUCCCACAACGCUGACCGUACACAGUUCGCCGCCGGCGGGGCAAGGUUUUCUAGAUCAGCCGCAUCUGCGUGCCUCGAAUGCUUCACUCCAGGCAGUUCAUCAAGGUGUUGCCACAUCGCGUCAUGGUACUGAUAAUGGUGCCAGUGGCAGUGGUGGUAUUUCCGGCGGGGCAGCCGGCGGUGCAACGGGAGCCGAGUGCACCGGACGCGCCAUUGAUAAUCAGUAUAGCUUCACUUAGGCGAUUGAUCGAUUGAUAAGAUCGCCAUUGCAUUGAUUUUGAAUUUCUUGUGCGGAAUUUAUUUUUGUGCCAUUUGCGUAGCAGCAGCAGCAAAAUAUUUUUGUAUUUUGUUAAAAUCCUUCUCUUUAUUUUUGUUUAGUUUAGUUUCUUUCCUCUGUGUCCUGCAAACGAAAAUGUAUGUAUUUUUGUGUAUUUCUUGUUUCUUAUUAUUUUAGACUAUUUUUGCAAGGCAUGAAGUAACUGAAUAUUAUUAUGAUUAUAUAUGUAUACAUUUAAUAGCUAAAUGUGUGUGUUCAUUUUAAGUAAAUAAGUACAUGUUGUAAGUAUGUAUAACAACAACAAAAAAAAAACAUGUAAAAUUAGUUGCACCAAAGGUGCAACACUUGCAAAUCCUAAAACUUCCUGCUUUACAAAAAAAAAA